AUGUCUACGGGGGUGGGGCAAUGUACUGGUAUAAAUGAGCAACCCAACACUCUACGCCAUGGCGUUCCGUAUACGGACUGUUUAGACGCAACGAGGCGGCAGUGGUCCGCGACACAGCCAUAUAUAUCAAAUCUACCUGUCCGCGGACCGCUCUGUACUGUGGAACGCAAGUGGAUCGCUUUGAUUAAAUCAGUGCUCAUGGUCAACCCGUAUGCACCGGACGAGUCACAUCACGACCUGGUCGCAGAGACCGAAUGGCUACAGGGUGCCAUGCUCAGCGGUAUCUUGUACGGCGUGGAAGUAACGCUGUUCAUCAUCUGCUUCAAACUUCUUGUGCAACAGAUGAGGCGGGCAAACUACAAACGGCAGUGCAUUCUUCUAGCAUUCAUUACGACUGUGUUUACACUCGGUACCCUUCUGAUGUACAGCAUAGCGGACAUGACUCAGCUGUCGUUCAUCAACGACAGAAACUUCCCUGGUGGUCCUGCGGCGUACGAGGUCCAGAUGUACUGGAUUCCAGUUGACGAAGUCGGGGUAGUUGCCAUGGUCGUAGGGAACUGGUUUAUGGACGCUCUACUUACAUCAAAGUCAUCUCCUUUCAACUCGGUUGACUUCACUGUGCCUUACUUCGCCACGACUCUGGCCCUUAAUAUCGUCGUUACCAUCCUGAUAGUUUCACGUCUCCUGUACCACCGCUGGCGCUUGGGCCGCGCACUUGGUCCCGCCUACGUGUCUCACUACACCUAUCUGGCCGCCAUCCUCGCCGAGUCCGCUGCGUUCUACUCGGUUUUCUCGAUCCUAUUCCUGGUUCCCUUGGUUCUGAACAACCCGCUAUCGUCUGUUUUCCUUCAAGCACUAAGCCAGAGUCAGACUGUCGCCUCGCUCGUUAUAAUAUACUAUAUUGCUUCCGGCAAGACGUGGACGGAGACGAUCAGCACUCAGGCGACGUCCGUAACUCGACAGAGGUCGAACACAAUCCAGUUUCGCGACCUGCAAACCAGCUCGUCACGUUCGGAGCACGAGUGUGACCUUCCGAAGGUCGAUAUUACGGUGGUGCGAGAAGUCGUCACUGAUGGUGAACGUGCUUCUGUCUUAAAUGACCGACUAUGCUCAAAAUAA